GAUACAACCACAACACAAGAUGAAGUUUUCAGCACUCACCUUUGUCGCUCUGGCAGCCUCUUCGGUAUAUGGCUCGGUCAUUGAUGUCUCUGCCCUCGAUACCGCCGACACCUUUGUCAACCUCGAGACCCGCGCUACAUGCUGGAAGUCAGACAUGCAAGCCGUCAAGGACCGCAUCAACCACUACAAUGUGUUCUGCCAGAUGUUCAAUGCUCAGUAUNNACCUCGCGAUUCAUCUCCUCUGCCCACAUUGACUGCCGCCAAAUUGACCGGAGCAUGCUCAUGUCUCCUGGCCCAGUGGAACAAACAAGCAAACCCCACAUCCGUGCCCUCCACCGGCUCAAACACCUGCGCCGCCACAGACAUCAACCUGAUCAAGAAUGAAGCACCCAGAAACUUCCAAUCCUACUGUAAAUGGUGGGGCUUGAUG